GCUUAAUUCUGGGGAAGCAAUUGGGCCCUUUCUUCUCGGAUCCACUAAACCCUAGAGCUGUAGAGCUGUUGCGGCUCUUCUGUCUCUGUUUCCAUCCUCAACUUGCCUCCCGUAAGAACCCGGAUUCCGUCGCCAGCGCACAUCUUGGACCUCGCCGCAGUCGGUUUGUCCCAUCGUCGUCGAUGUAUGCAGAAGUAACUUUUCGAACUCUACAAUGGAAAUAAGGAAGCCAUUUGCUUCAGUCACCAUGGGCGAGGAACCGUUUAACUUUUUACGUGCAUUAUGUGAUGGUGUUAUAGCCGGAGCAACUGCUGGUGGUGUUGUUGAAACAGUUCUAUAUCCAAUAGAUACAAUAAAAACCCGGCUUCAGGCUGCUCAUGGUGGGAGCAAAAUUUAUUGGAGAGGCCUGUAUUCUGGAUUGGCUGGCAACCUUGCUGGGGUCUUGCCGGCCUCUGCUAUAUUUGUGGGUAUAUAUGAACCUACCAAACAAAAAUUAUUGAGGGUGUUUCCAGAGAAUCUCAGCGCUUUUGCUCAUUUGACUGCAGGUGCUAUUGGAGGAGCUGCUUCUUCUUUUAUUCGUGUCCCAACAGAGGUCGUUAAACAAAGGAUGCAGACUGGGCAAUUUACCUCUGCACCAAAUGCUGUUCGUCUUAUUGUUGCUAAAGAAGGGUUCAGAGGUCUUUAUGCUGGAUAUAGUUCUUUUCUGUUACGGGAUCUACCGUUUGAUGCAAUACAAUUUUGUAUAUAUGAGCAGAUUCGAAUUGGAUAUAAGAUUGCGGCAAGGAGGGAGUUAAAUGAUCCAGAGAAUGCUAUAAUUGGUGCUUUUGCUGGUGCAAUAACUGGAGCGAUAACUACACCACUUGAUGUCAUGAAGACGAGAUUAAUGGUUCAGGGCUCAGCAAACCAGUACAAGGGGCUACUUAAUUGUGCUCAGACGAUUUUGAGAGAAGAAGGUCCAGCUGCUUUCUUAAAGGGUAUCGGACCAAGAGUGCUAUGGAUUGGUAUUGGCGGUUCGAUCUUCUUCGGCGUUCUAGAACGGACAAAACUAUUGCUUUCCCAGAGGCAUUUUGAUCAGGGUCAGAAAUCUUAGUCUACCGUAGAACAGUGCUGCCAAGGGAAAGUUAUUUCCUGAAGAACAGUGCUGCCAAGGGAAAGUUAUUUCCUGAAGAAAUCUUAGUCUACCGUAGAACAGUGCUGCCAAGGGAAAUUUUCUUCCCCUGGAAAUGAACAGUCUUGCUCGUUGCCCGAAACUUUCUACCUGAUCAGGUGGUGUUUGUUGAGGUUUUACUUAUCAAUAUUCUUUUGUUUAACACUUUUGGCACCCUUAUCAUGCACAUCAAAAUCAAAAUUCACAGCCUUUGCAGUGACAUUUGCCAACGCUAAAACUCGAUCAUGUGCUGAUUGACCCAAGACAGCAGUCCUUUGCAAAGGAUGUGCCAAAGAAAGAGUUUAGAUCAAAGAUUUAAUUGAUUUUGCUUUCUCAAUUAUGUGCUAAAACUCAUUGUUCAAAGUAGGGUCAGUUACGUGUGUACUCUUGUCUGGACUCAUUCAUGUCAUUUCUCUUUUGGAUGCUCAUGUGCCUGCCUCUUCACAAAGAUGCACUUGAACUAAUCACUCCUAUUUGCGUGAA